AUGGACGGAGCAACAAUCCAUGCGUUGUAUGGAACGGCCGAUAACUCGGGCGAGCCUACGCCCUUGGUGAACAAGACUCCAACUAUCCUAGGCGUGGUUAUUGCCUUCGCGAUCUUCUCAUGGAUGUGUGUCGCCUUCCGCAUGUACGUGCGAGCCAAGUUGGUUCAGUCAUUAGGAUGGGAUGAUUGCUUCGUGAUAUUGUCGUUGUUAACAACAACAACUGGAUCUGUUGGAAUUUGUGUCGCUACCAAAUAUGGGAUGGGAAGACAUAUCUAUACCCUCUCUGCGGCAGAAGUCCAGAAUUACCUCCGAACCUUCUACGUUGCAAACGCAUCUUACCAAAUGUCAACCGCCUUUAUCAAAAUCUCUCUCCUCUUUCAAUACUUGCGCAUCUUCGACCGACCGUCCUUCCUUCGAUCGCUCUGCAUCUACCUGAUCAUCUUUGUCAGCUUAUGGGCCACCGCCUACUCGUUUCUGGGAUGGGUUCCCUGCGUGCCAGUCGCAGCAUAUUGGAACUGGACCAUUCCAGCCACACGUUGGGCAUACGGCUCGCUCAACUCUGAUAUAUUCUCGGGAACAUAUGAGAGUCACUCUUCGGUCAACUUUGCCUUAGACGUCCUUGUUCUCGCCAUCCCGGUUCCGCUCUACUUCAGACCCCAACAGUCGCUUAAGUCGAAGCUGAGACUGCUUGCGCUGCUGGUCAUUGGCAUUGCAGUCAACGGCGUCUCAGUCGUCCGAGUAUACUCUAUCAUUCAACACCGAUCCGCCACUCGUCCGACAUUAGACCCCAUGUGGUACGGCCCCCUCAGCAUCGUCCUAUCCGCCGUCGAAGUCGAUCUGGCCAUGGUUGCCAGUAGCGUCCCGAUUUUCUGGCCAGUACUGCGGCAACGAUUCCCCGGUAUCUUUGUUACCAAGGAGGUUGAAGUCACGAGGGAAGUUCGGAGGUUGGAGAGCGUGGAACUCGAGGACGACAUGGAGAUGGAGCCGGAUCGGAGGUCGCGGGUCGGCAGCGAAGCAAGUCUUCGGCAAGAGAACAUCAAUCAGGGAGGAGGAGCGGGUGGACGAUACAUGGAUGAGUUCAUUGUGAACCAGGUCGACCCGCUGAGGAAAGCCAAGAGUACGGUCACAGAGGUUAAGGCCGGCGAUGAAGCUCAGGGGGGUUGGUGGCAGAAGGGCCGCUUUGGUUGA